CUUCCCGACGCUCCCUUGACGUGGAGCAGCGUCAUUGCGGAAGUAGCUAAGUCUACGUGGGGAAGGAAGGUUGGCUUGUUCGUGUUUGAACUAAACUCUGCCUAAAACACUAUAAAUGUGCGACCUACGGAACCUACAAUAACCCUACCGCGCCUCGCGGAACCUACAACCUCCCCGCCCGCUAGCUGAAUGGCCUUGUACCGCCAGGGCGUGUAGAUCCGAUGGGAGGGAUAGCCGGGUAGUUCCCUGUAAUGCUUCGGUGGCUGCGGCAGUCUCUUCGGCAGGUGUCUAGUCUGAUGGCCCGGAGACCAGUGCUUGUCUGCGGGGCGAUACUGCUGAGCGUCCUGCUACUACUGGCCGUUACAUUUACCUGCAGCCGGGCUAAGAAUGUGGUUGCGUCGGCGCGUCCCCCGGUGAGGUUCUUCUCUGCCGAGGCCCCUGUAGUGGACCUGUACCUGGGUCAGUUGGAGCAGGUGGAGAGGCUGAGGGGCGCGGCAGAGGUGUCCGUCAUCUUCUUCUACGCUCCCUGGUGUGCUCACUCCAUCGCCGCUCGCCACGAGGUCCAGGAGGUCGCACGGAGGCUGGUCAAACAGGUGCAGUUUGUGGCGGUGAACUGUUGGUGGAGCCAGGGGAAAUGCAGGAAACAGAAGAGCUUCUACCAAUAUCCUGUCAUCCACCUGUUCUACAAGAGGUUUGGCCCUAUAGAGUACAAGGGUCCGUUCCUGGCUUCCUAUGUAGAGAGGUUCAUCCUGAGAGUCAUCACCCCACUGACCUACCUACCAUCACGAGCCACACUACAAGACUUCCUGUCUUAUCAUGAGCCGGGGGUAGUGGGUUAUUUCCAGUUCAACUCUUCUCCUCAGCCUCCCGGCUACAUCACAUAUCUCUCCUCAGCUCUGCAGGCCUUGAAGAGAGACUUCCGUGGUGCGGUGCGUUUCGGGGUGGUGACCAGUAGACAGGUGGCAGAGUCCAUCUCAGUCAGAGAUGACCAGACCGUCUACCUGCACCGACACUUCAACUCCUCAUUGAUUUUCCCUAGUUGGGAGCGUAACUUCACCUCUGAAGGCAUCUGUUCCUGGGUCUUUGAGCACCGCGAGACAGUCCUCCAAUGGCUGGCGCCGACUGGUGCUAAGUCCCGCCUUCUGGAGCAGGAACUGACCAAAGGCCCUGCCCUCCUGCUCUUCCUGCCCCACAAUCCCCUGGGGCACGGCCCCGACCCGCUGCUGACGCAGACGCCGCGGUUCGCUACCAUUCCUGUAGCGACUCCUCACCACCACCACCACCCCUCUGACCACUACUACUACAGUGGACCCUUCCAGCCCCUGUCCCCCCCUCUCUGCUGCCUCUCAGUGGUUCUGCCCAGGCCACACCCCCUCCCAGGCUCCACCUCCAGGGUGUGUGAGCUUUGUCUCAACCAGUCCAAUCCGGGUCGCUCUCCCCUGUGCACCUUCCCCUCCCAGACAUCAGGUGGCGCUGCCGUGCUCCAGUCCUACCUCAGACGAUGCUGCCUACCUGUUGCUGCGACGGUGACGACGGUUGCCUGUAGUAACAUCCUGAGUAGCUACAGCCCGUCGUCAGGUCGCUAUAGUGCCUGUUGUAGAACUCUGGGACAGCUAGGGGUUUCCCUGCUCCCACAGCCGGGGCUAGACAACGAGGGGUUAGGGACACCCCCUCCCUCACCAUCCUCCUCCCAGGACUCCUCCCCGUCCUCCCAGGACCAGGAAGCAGGCGGGAUUAAAGGGUUGAGGUGUCGGACAAAUAAGACGCUCAGGUUCUACAUCCUGGACUCCGCCCUCCACUGGCCGCUGGCGGUGCGUCUCGGGGCGCUAGGCAACGACGAGAUGGGUGGCGGUGGCCUGGGGGAGUUAGGAAGGUUGCUAGGCAACGGGACCGGUGAUGGCGCACAGUCGUUUGCGACCAUCGUGAACCUGAAGGAUGAGGUGCACUACGUUCUGGACCACAGAGGAACCGCUACUGUUACAGAGUCUCUGGAGUUGUUCAUCAGGAACUUUAGCACCUCCCACAGCCCACUGCAGAGACGCCUGGUGGGGAGGAGAGAGGAGGAGGAGGAGAGGCCCCAGAAGAGACCCCUCAUCUCAGAGCUGACCACCACCUCUUUCCUUACCACUGUCAUGGAUCCUCACAGGGAUGUGGUGCUGUUCUACUACAGUCAGGGGUGGUGCUGGCUACUACAGUCAGGGGUUAUGCCUGCCGUGGGAGUUCAUGGUGGAUCACUUCCCCUCUGUCCUCCUCUUCCCCAGACACAGGUAAUACAGAACACACACCUGUCCUCCUCAGACACAGGUAAUACAGAACACAUACCUGUCCUCCUCUUCCCCAGACACAGGAAACACCUGUCCGUCAAGUUCCCGGAGGACACGCCCAUCACUCUCCCCACCCUAUUACGCUUCAUCCUGAAGCACUCCGACUCCGCCCACCAGCCAAUGAAAGCAGACGGAUCCGACCCUCACCCUCACGUUCUCCUCAAGGCGGAGUUCCGCGCUCUACAAGGAGAAGUCCAGACAUUACAUCGUGCACGCCAGCGCCUCUCCAACCAACUGGCCCAGCUGUGGCGAGACAACCGGCGGUUAUCCUUCCACGCCGUGGCCCUGGAGACCCACAAUGCACUGCUGCAGUCCCAGAAUGGCGAGCUGCAGCGCGAGAGGCUGAGCCUAGUGGAGCAGCACAAGGAGAAGAGUCGUCAGUUAGGGGAGGCGGUCAGGAGACUACAGGAACUAGCGGACGCAUCAGAGAACCUUCUCACUGAGAAUACACUGCUGAGGGUUUUACUGGGAGCUCUGAGAGCCAGGGAGACAGAGAGAGGGGAGGAGGAGAACGAAGAGGAGGAGACAGGGGAGGAGGAGGAGGAGGAGACAGGGGAGGAGGAGGAAAGAAAGAGGAGGUACUACGGGGGCCCUGACAGAUGGUGGGAGUAG